GCGCGGGCACUUAUUGGCACACCUCACACACAGCCAAACCACCAACCUAUAGCCUAAACUACAACAUGCGCAUUAGUCAAGGCAAUCUGGAAUAGCCUACACGUCGGUGCGGUGGCGGCGGGUUUUGCGAAGGCUGCGGCAUCAUUCUCUAAUCUGUUCUACCCUGUGUCUUGGAGUUUCAUGUUCUUCUGCCUUGCAACUUUGACUUAUUUAUUUUAUCACGAUCUCAUCCUUGUAAAACACGGACUGAUUCUGAUUAUUCUACAUGUGGGAGCAGUUCCUGUCGGUUUGCUAUUCAGACGCAUGAGGGAAGAAGACGGGACAGCUGCCGUUCGAUAAUGUUUAGUCCGAAAAUAUCAGAUUUUUGUGACGACAUGUUUUGAACCGUUACAUUGCUUUUCUAUUGUUUUUCACGGACACCUUUUAUUUACCCACUAUGAAUUUAUGUGGAUCUGAACAGACUGUAUCAUCUAUCUAAAUGAAUGAAUUCAGCCAUGCAAUGUUCCUGGAAGGCUGUGAUUCUGCUAGCCUUAGCGUCCAUAGCGAUCCAGUACACAGCCAUCAGGACGUUCACAGCCAAGCCAUUCCAGAUGUGUCCAGUGACAAUCUCCAACCCUCUGAACUGUGGCAUGCUGGGGCAGGAUGUGGUGGACUUGUCUUUUGACAAGCGGAUCUGUGACGACUUUCUUUACUUCUCCUCCAAUGUCUCCAGGAAGACCCAUGUUCUCAUCCUGGCCACGACCCGCAGCGGCAGCUCCUUCGUCGGUCAGCUGUUCAACCAGCACCAGGAUGUGUUUUAUCUGUUUGAGCCGCUCUACCACGUCCAGACCACCCUGCUCCCCCGCCUGUCCCGCAGCAGGACGGCAGGCGACACCAGGGUGAUGCUGGGGGCUAGCAGGGACCUGCUCCGGAGCCUCUACGACUGUGACCUUUAUUUCCUGGAGAGCUACAUCAAACCCCAGCCGGCCAAUCACAGUACAGACAAGCUGUUCCGGAGGGGAGCCAGCAAGGCUCUGUGCUCCCUGCCUGUCUGCGAUGCCUUCAGUCCUGGAGAGUUGAACAUCGAUGAAGGAGAGUGCGUCAAGAGGUGUGGGGUUCUCAACAUGACGCUGGCGUCGGACGCUUGCCGGGAGAGGCGCCAUGUGGCCAUCAAGACCGUACGGAUACCGGAGGUGAGUGACCUCAGGGCUCUGGUGGAGGACCCUAGGCUCAACCUCAAGGUGAUCCAGCUGGUUAGGGACCCCCGAGGGAUCCUGGCCUCACGCAUUGAGACCUUCAGGGACACCUACCGCCUCUGGAGGAUCUGGAGGGCCACUGGGAGGAGGCCCUACAACCUGGACCUCACCCAGCUUACCAUGGUCUGUGAGGACUUCCUGGGAUCUGUAACCACUGGGCUCAGCAAGCCUCCCUGGCUCAAAGGGAGGUAUAUGCUGGUCAGGUAUGAGGACCUGGCCAAGAACCCUCUCCAGAAGACCAAGAAAAUCUAUGAUUAUCUGGGUCUGGUCAUGGACAAGAACGUAGGAGACUGGAUCCAGAACAACACUAGGGGAAGCAAUGAUCUGUCAGCCAAGCAUAAAUAUGGCACUGUUCGGGACUCAGCAGCCAACGCAGAAAGCUGGAGGCUCAAAUUGUCUUAUGACAUGGUUGAUUACACACAGACUGUGUGUCAGCAAGUUCUACAGGAGCUGGGUUAUAAGACUGUCAGUUCGCCUGAGGAGCUGAAAAAUCUGUCUCUCACUCUCAUCGAGGACAAAACUUUUGUACCUUUUUUGUAGAAAAGCAAGGGCCAAUCACAACGCACAAAUAUUUUUGUUAUAUUUACAUUGUUGCCUUCAUUUCCUCUCAGAUUUGCACUAAACCUCAGAAACCUUGACGACUCCUGUGGUAUGAUUUAAGACAUUCAGAACAGCACAAGAAAAAUCAUUUGGGAAUGCUGUUUUAGAGAUUUCAGUAUCAAUGUUUAAUUGAUAUUGAAGGGACACUAAUGUCAGGUUAAUUGACAUGAACAACCUACACUGAAGCACCAUCCUACUUAAGAUCCCUGAAUGCUGACAGUUGCAUUGACAAAAGUGAAUGUUAAUAUUUGUACAUCAAGAAAACUGGACCUACUGUACAAUAUUGUUAGGGAAUGUACCUAAUCAUACCUUAACUGAUAAAUGCUGAGAUGUAGGCCCAUGAUAAAACCAUGCAAGAUACAUUUGAAUGUUGCAGUCAAUUUAAAUGGUGUUGUUUAAAUGUGACCGAGGGUAACAAUUAAGGGGUGGCGCUUUAAUCGUGUUGAAAUAGCUUAACUGAGGGUUGUCAAAUCCAACCUCACCAAAGGGUAAUGAGUGCCGGACAACAGUGAUUUUACAGAGGCUUCAUCCCAAAUGGCACCCUAUUCCCCAUCUAGUGCACUACUUUUGAUCAGGGCCCAUAGGGUUUUGGUCAAAAGUAGUGCACUGUGUAGGGAAUAGGGUGCCAUUGCAGACGCAAGCAUAGUUUACCCUGAUCAUCCAAGUGUCAGCGAGGUGUUGGAAAUGUUUAGUUCGACUUCCCGGCCAACUACUGACGAUGUGGAGCAGGCAGGCAAUCGGAGACAGCUGCAGUGGCUGAUUAGUCUCAUACAGGUAAGCUAGCUCUGGUCUUCACAACAUUAUCAGGGUAGUGGAGUUUUCAAUCUCUGGAAGGAAUAGAAUUGAACUGAAUAGAAUACAGUAUUGUAUGUUCCAUUCAACAGAAACGGACCAUUAUGCUGUCACAAUAAGUGAGGAAGGCCUUUGUUAUUAUCUAUUUAUUUAUUUAUUUGGAGUUAUUACUUUACAAACAUGUACUAAAAUAACUUACAUGAAACAGUGACAGGCUGGGAAAUGGCCUUACCCAAUCCCCUUGGACUCAUAAAGUUGAGUUCUUUACUCCUCAAAGACCCUGUUUUAAAACAUAUUUUCCUUUAUUAUUUUCCCUAAACCCUACUGUCCCUCCCCUUAUUGGAGUAAAUGAAUGGACAACAACGCUUAGCCUUCUACUUCUCGCUUAUACAUCCUAUAUACAUCUUACAGACACAGUAUAUUACAAUAGUUAUCUAGUUUUUUUUUUGUCCCAUCCUUCAGCUACCCUCAACC